AUGCCCGACCACGACGAAGAAGAGGGGCAGCCACCGCAGAUGGAGAACGCGGCAAAGCGUCCCGACCUCCCUUCCAGAGGCCAUAGUACGGCCCCGACGUUCGACCCCAACUCGCCCAGAACGCUCCGACGUUUCUUCGGGGACCUCGAGGUGCUGUUCAGGCGGUGCGGUGUCGACACGGACCUCGAGCGCAAGGAAGCGGUUACCAGGUACCUCCCGAUCGACGUAGCGGACCUCUGCGAAGGCUUGCCUUCGUUCGCCACUGGCUCUUACCAGCAAUUCCACGACGACAUCGUCGCGUUAUACCCCGGCGCCGAAGAAUCGAGGAAGUUCGCUGUAGCGGACGUCGAAGGCCUCGUCGCCCGCCGAGCGACUGCCCCGAUGACGACGAUCGGGGAGUUGUCCCAGUACUACCGAGACUUCUUGGGCAUGACCUCCUACCUCAUCGGGCGGUCGCGGCUAUCCACGUCGGAGCAGUCGCGCCUAUUCGUCCGCGGGAUCGUAUCACCCCUAUGGGACCAAGUCUCGCAACGACUACAGCUUAAGGACCCCGACCACUACCCUGACGACCCGUACCCACUCGUCGACGUCUACGCUGCCGCCAAGUUCGUACUGCACGGCACUCUCACCUCCGCACCGGCACCGGCGGCUCCGGCGACGGACCCAUCGGGGUCGGGGCCGGUAAAGCUGGAAGACCUAGCGCCGUUUCUCAAGUUCCUCGCGCAGUCGGUAGGCGAAGGAUCCGCGAGCGCAGCCGCCGCCGCGGGCGGGGCGAACGCGGGUGCCGCGAACCAGAACCAGCCGAACUACGGGUUCUGCCACUACUGCGGAGACGCGGGAUGCCAGGUGCGCACUUGCCCCCACGUCGCCGAAGACAUCAAGGAGGGGAGGGUAGCGCGCAACGCGGAGGGAAAAGUGGUCUUACCGAACGGUAGCUUCGUCCCCCGCAGCAUCCCCGGUCUUACCAUGAGGGAUCGUAUCUACGAGUGGCAUAGGCGAAACCCGAACUCCCUCGCCGUCCCGACGGCGGCGCAAAUGGUCCUACAAAUCAGCCGCGCGGUACCCAUGACCAGCACCUUCUCGCUCACCUCGGACGAUCGCAUCGCUCAGCUAGAGCGCGAGCUAUUCGCGCUGCGCCGCAAUCGGGAAGUGUUCGACGGCGUAGAGCUCCCCGCACCCAAGCGUAGUCUCCCCCGGCCGCCCGAGCAAGCAUCGGCCUCGCGGCCGGCCCCGACCACCGACAGUACCCCGAACGCCCCAGCGACCGACGACGACAGCCGCGAGGAAAUAGCGACCAAGGCGACAGCGAGCGCCCCCCGACAACUGCCUCGGCCGCCAACGCCACAUCCCGCCGCCGGAAUGCCCAACGCGCCAGCGGCGCCCGUGGAACUCCCCGAGCACCCUUUCGCGAAGGCUCGCGACGCGACAUACGCACCCCCUAAGGUCAAGAACUUCGGGGGGCCGCCUCUCAAGGACAAGGACCGCGACAACGCGUAUCGUACGCAGGUCCCGGUCCACCAGGCGAAGUUCGCGGAGGAGAUCUUUGCACGGUCGAUGAAGACGCCGCUUUUCACACUCACUACGGAAGAGCUACUGUCGGUCGCGCCCGAAGUCCGCGCGAAAUACCGCGAGGCCAUCACCCCGAAGCGCAUCCCGACGGAGGCGGUGCGCUCAGUGAACUACGUCGCGUCGACCGAGGACGACGAGGAGGAGGACUACGCCGCGCAGGUGUCUUGUCGCGGGGAGCCUCUACAACCGGGGGGAGUCAUUCUCCCGGACCCGUACGAGGUGUAUCUACGCCGGCUCGCGCCAGGCAACGAUCCCCGCGAGCUACGAGUCGCUAAGGAGUCUCACGCGCUGCGCUCGGUCGUCGGACUCGUCGACAACAAGGAGUGGGUAGAAGCGAUCAUAGACCCGGGCUCGCAGAUCGUCGCAAUGUCGGAGCACGUCUGCAACGCUCUCGCGCUCCCCUACGACCCGACGAUCCAACUCUUCAUGCAGUCCGCGAACGGCGACGUCGACCGAUCGCUAGGCCUCGUUCGUAACGUACCCUUCUGCGUCGCCGACAUCGUCCUCUACCUCCAGGUCCACGUUAUACGCAACGCGGCCUACGACAUCCUGCUCGGGCGACCUUUCGACGUUCUGACUAAGAGCGUCGUCAAGAACUUCGAGAACGAGGACCAGACGUUGACUAUUAAAACCCAAGAAACCCAGAAUCACGCCGACUCGCACUCGCAUACCCGUACCCCGCCCCAGUCUACGUCCCCGAAUACCCAGAACAUCGGCACUUUCACCCUAGGGGAGACCGACCCUACCGGGCUCUUCGCCUUCUCAUUCCCCGACGGAAAGGGAGGCGAUAUACGCGUCUUCCCGGGCGCCGUCCACCCCGAGGCGCCCCCAGACCCCGAACGAACCGCCGAAGUCUUCCUGUCCACCAAAAAGAAGUACAAGCCCGUCGCUAGGAAAGUGAGGCCUGUCCUAGGAUCCACCUCCGAGCAGUUCCGCGUUGAGCGCAACAUCACCGGGGACCCCUUGGCGGACAUGCCCGAGCUACCGACGAACCCGACGGACUUCGUCCCGACUGGCCGCUACACGGCUGAGCGACAAGAGGCGUUCAACAAGGCGCACUCCGAGGACUUCCUAUGGCCAGAGGAACGGAAGUUGCUGCACAACUUCGUCUCCCUCCAGAACGAAGCCUUCGCGUGGAACGACGACGAACGCGGCUGCUUCAAGCCCGAAUUCUUCCCCCCGUCGACUUCCCUGUCGUCGCGCACACCCCCUGGGUGGAGCGGAACAUCCCGAUACCCCCCGGACUCUACGACGAAGUGUGCGCGAUCCUGA